CAAGGUUAUUUGAUGUUCUGACUCUGCAAACUGAAUCAGUAAAGAUACAGGAGAAAUAACACCAGGCUGUUGUAUUUUUGUGAUUCAGAGAUAGUGACUAAGUCUGAAGUCAGGAUCUCAGCAUGACGAGCCGUCCACAGAGCUACAUAGAAGGUGAAGAUCCUGACUCUCAACAUGCAAAAUCAAAAAGAGGGUCAAAGGUCACAACAGAGAAAGUUGCCCUGCUGGUUCUCGGUUCCCUCCUGGUAGUUGCUUUCGUGGUGGUUUAUCGUCUCUCUUUUGAACACAUUAGAACAAAGGAAAUGCUCAAAAAUCUGGAAGGUCUCAAAAAGGAGUGUGAACGUGUCAUCAAAAAUCAAAAUCUCACAGAAUCAAAGCCAUGUUCCCAGCCUGAAGUAAAAAUAAAUGAGCCAUGUUCUAAAUGUGGAGAAGGCUGGGAGCACCAUGGAGGAAAGUGCUAUUAUUUCUCCGUCAGUAAAUCAUCCUGGACUGUGAGCAGAGGUGAAUGUAGAUCUAAAGGAGGAGACCUGGUUAAGAUAGACAGCAGGGAGGAGCAGAAAUUCCUGGAUCAAAGACUGAAAGACAUAAUGAAUUAUCCUCAGGAUAAGUUCUGGUUUGGACUGACUGACUCAGCAGAAGAGGGUAGAUGGUUGUGGGUGGAUGGCUCGCUACUGGACAAAAGGUUUGAUUAUUGGGAAUAUUUUUGUUCAUUUACAGCAUCAAACUUAUCAGUUUUCACUUGAACACCUCUUUCUGUUCUUUUUUUAG